AUGGAAUCAAAACAAAUGGAAAUUCCAAAAGAAGACCCAUGGGGAUUAUGGAAAGCUGAAUGGAAAACUUGGUGGGGUGAUGUUUUAGGAAAUGACAUGUUAAAGAAACAAGGUUUGGAAGAAAGAACUAAACUUAGAGGUCACCUUAAAGGUACUCCAUUGAACAAAUCACCAAGUUUCAAAGACGAAAAUAUAGCCGCUUCAAUUAAUAUUGGUGUUCAUGGUAGUAAAUUUGAAUCAAAUGCAACAAAUACAUCCCAGUCCACUUUCUUCCCAGAAUGGAAAGCUCCUUCAUUUGAACGUAAUUCUGCUGAUGAUUUACUUUUGAAAAAAGAGAGAGAAAGAAAAGAAGCAAUAGGUUCAGGUAGCCUUUAA